AUGGCGCACCCAUACUCUUCGACUCCAGCCUACAGCGCCACUCCAUCGUACGCUGGUCAGCAGUCGUUCUAUCCUCCAUACCAACCCAAUCCCUUCCAACAGUCAAUUCAAGCUCCUGGUCUCCCGCAACCUCAUCACCCUCCAACUCAGGCGAUGGCUACGUACCAGCCCUCUCCUUCCACUAAUAGCGCUAAGUUCGAUGCAAAUUCCCAAGUUCGCCCACCUGCUCCUCCGUUUCCAUUUCCCCCAAACACCUUUACUCCAGAUAUCUUCAAGCAAUUUGCAAGUGCAGGAUUGCCGCCGCCGCCUCCACCUUCGAUGCCUCCUCUACCUCUUCCCAACUCUGGGUAUUCGCAUUUUUCUGCUUCUUUGAAUACUUCGAGUUCAUCGCCAUAUCCCCAGCACGGCGCAAGUGGGGCCAAUGGGUUUGGCUCCGGAUUCUAUGCAAAUGAACAAUCCCAGCCGAGCCAGCAAGAGUCGUACACACCCUUGUAUCAGGGACCAAGAAGUAUGGGUGACUACCGUGCGGCGGUCAAUUCCGAAUCUCAGUCAUAUUCAGCGCCACGUGCCGCGCACGGUGGAGGUCAACAGCCAUCCUCUGCUGUGAACCGGGGUGCUGACCGCGAGCAAGACCAAAUUCUUCCAUCUUUUGGCUCGAGAUCAGACAUCGAUUUGUUGUUCGCUACUGCCCAGAAACAAGGCAACAGUUAUAGUCAGGACUCUGAUACAAGUCUGCAACCACAACAAUCAGCCGCGAUGGAUGGGAAUGCCUCUCCAUAUGAUCCUACUCGGCCAGCAGUACUUCCAUCGACCAUGUCGUCUGGAUUUAGACCGUCGAGAGCGAAGGAUUCCGCGUCCUUUGAGAGAAAAUACGACACAAGCUCUCUAGCUGAACUGAGGCAAGCCGCUAAGGGGGCCCUGCUAUCGCUUGUACCCCAUAAGAUUCUGUACGCUGAUCUUAUCAAUGAAGGCAUUGAUUCAACUAUUUUGCAACAUCUGUAUGGAGAGUUGGGCCUCAACUUCGAAAUGCAAGUGGUGGAGAAGGAGCCAUUUGAACAGUCUCGAGUCGAAGCUCCUUCUGAUGUUACAGCAUCGAAUCUGCAACCGAGUGGCCUCAUGGCAGAUCCAUCUGCACCUCGAGGGCCUCCCUCCCCUGCACAAAUCGUGCCAGAAGAAUCCGGCUUAGGUCAGGUUGCACCUGCACCUACUGAAGUUGGAGCUUCUCCAGCAAUAAGAGAACUUGGAAAGAAAAAUGCCGCUGCUAGUCCCAGCCUGGAGCGAAAAGACCGUAUAGCCCAACUACUUGCCGCUAAGACUGGCCGUGUAACUGCAGGUUCCCCAUUGACACCCUCUCCGUCUGUUAAAGAACAGUUGGGAGCCAACUCAACAACCCGGCUUGCUGACGUAAAUCUUGAUGGCACAUCUUUCUCAAGGUGCGAGUCAACAGAAAGUCUGGCAAAUUCUACCUCCAAUCAACAAAGUCAGACAGUACAAAAACCCAUUCAUAAUAUACAAGAUCCUCAGUCAACGAGAGUUACACAACAAGUUGGUGAGACUCUCGGCAGUCAAAUGCACCUAGCUGACAGUCAGUCUGCAUUUGCGUCUAUGAUCCCAGGAUUGUUUAUGACCUCAGCAGAACCUGCCACGGAUGAUGCUGUGCCAUUACGUGCUACCAAUCAGGAUCCAGACACCCAAUCGCAAAAUGCAUUGCCAACUAAUGCCUUACCUCUCAAACGUCAAUUCCAAGCGGAGUCCAAUACAGUGCCCGACUCUAAGCGGGCCAACUUGUCAUGGGAUUUACGAGGGAAAGAAAACGCCACCGAAGCCAACACGCCAGACGAUGCUUCAGAGGGUGAGAUCAUCGAGGACGCAGAUGAGGAGCCCAUGGCUGUGGAUAUUCCCAGAGAUGUCAAUGGCUCCGGUGGCCAUGGCUCUACCGAGCUGGACUCGUACGACCAGCAGGCGACCACCCAAUUGCAAGGCUAUUCUGUCAACGAAGAGGCCACGAGCAACUCGUAUCGUACCAAACAGUCAGGGAUCGAGGCCAUGCAUCGAAGUAUUUCUGAAAUGGAACAGCGCAAGCACGUAAGUCGAAGCAGCAGCCAAGAGAAUCCCCAAGACAUCACAGCUCCUUCUCUAGCGCCAUCCCAGGAAUCUAUUAUUUCUCGGUACUCCCCUACACGAGUCGGCUUGGACCAGAGCAGGACAAGCACUCCGUCGGGCUUACCACAGAAACCUAUAGCGGCUGCAAAAGCGGUCUCAAAAUUAACACCGGCACAACUCGCUGAACGCACAGCCGCUUUGAAAGCCGAAGUCCUGAGACAGCGUGCGCGCCGCCAACAAGUGCUCCAAGAAGAGCUGCCUACCCUCAACACCGAAGUUCAGAAAAUGGAAACUCGCCUUCAACAGGCACGUGUUGAACUCCGCCGCGCACAAGAAGAUGUUGCACGAUGCCAAGUUGAACUAUCUCAGGCGAAAAGAGCUGAAAGCAAAAUCAUCCAAGAAGUACAGCAUCUCGAGAAACAGGUACAAGACGGGCAUUCGGGCCAAAAGCAAUAUUCAGAUGAGCUCCACCGGAUUCAGCGAGAGAAAAUGGAGGAAGGCCAAAAUCGUAAUAACAACCCUAGUGUGAAACAGCCAGCACAGACGCAAACUAGCACCAACGCGGUCGCUCUUGAGGAAGUUAACGCGGACGGUCCAGCAAAUACUGGACCUCCACGAGAUCUAGCCUCACCUACAAGCAUCAACAAUCGGAUGGAAGGGACUUUGGGAAGGGAAAGUGUGCCACCACCACAAAUACACGCGGAUACGCCCGAGAUGGCCUUUGAUGACGGAAACGAAGAUAUACCUCAGACCGACGAGAUGGAGAUAUCACCUGAGCCUGAAUCAGAACACAUGAUGAUUUCGACGACAUAUCCUACAGCCGAUGAAGCCAACAUGAUCCGACAAUCCACCGAGGAUCCUUCCAUGGAUAUUGAUCAAGAUAGCGACGGAAGUGCAAGCAUGUCUGAUAGUGGAUCAGACCGCGAUGAUGAUGAUUACGAACCUGUCAAUGUCGAUGAUUCUCAGCCCAUGCUGCAAUCGGGCGAAGAGUCAGAUGAAUAUGACCCUGAAGAGGCCCCGGUUUCCGAAUUUACACCAGGCACAGGGCCAGAUGGUGAAGAACCUGAGGAUUACUACGAGCCAGCGGAAAGCAUAGGUGUGCUAGACUCCGCUGUUUCUAGCACGCCAAGCCACGACACUGACUUUAUUCAUGAUUCUCCUCAGUCAGCACCCAAUCUGGACAAUAUGCCUGUCAAUAAUGUGCUCAAUGGGGCGGAGCCCAUUUCACUCAUUUCCACAAGUGAUCGACGGGACGGUGUAGGACAAAUCCUUCAAUUGGCGGGAGGUGACGCACGAAACAGCAAUACAUCUACGCCAACCCCUCUCCUGGAUGGCAGAUCGCCGACCAAUCCGCAUUUCGUCCCUUACAAAACGCCAUUGAGCUCAUUCAAGACCUUCCGUUUCCACCAAGCCUUCGACGACACAGUCAAGACGGGAUAUCGAUCCUUGACGUACAGCAACAAUAUCGAUCCUUCAAGACCACUUUGCCCUACUGAGCUCUCUGGCGAGCCUUGUACAGAUCCAAGCUGUGAGGAGCAACAUUUCCGCCAGCUUGGCCUUUCCGAUGACAAGAUUCUUGUUCAGAUGAGCUCAGCUAGUGAUAUAAAAGACAAGGUACAGCGCGACCAGUACCUGGUGGGUUUGAAACAGGUAAUUGCAGAUUUGCGACAAAAAGAAGUCAAAGAGUUCGAGAACGUGGCACAAGCUCUGUCCGCGUACCGGCGACAUUUUUUUGCAGGAAAGAACGAGGUAUCGUAG